AUUAAUCUCCUCACUAGCUAUAUACCAUCAUAAGUCUGUUUGACCAUUACAAGAUGUUUUAUUUUUGUCAAAUCUGAAAAAGUUCAUAUAAUGUUUCCAUUUGUAUUGUGUAGGUUACUAUGGGGAACCUCAUUUUCUCGUCAUAUAUGAGAGAAAAUGUACACCAUUGUCAUCAAGCUUACAACAUUGGAAGGCAGACAUCUGCCCUAAGCCUAAGCCUGACAUUUUUGUGUAUUCCCUUGAAGACAAUCUUCCUAAAUGUCUUGUUGCAUAUUCCCUUGAAGAGGAUGGCACCAUCUCACCCAAAUAUUGCAUGUAUCCUCCCAGUUUUCUAACGAAAAAUUACUUCUUCACUAGGGGCAGUUGUAAUGGUCUAUUUCAUUUUCAUGAUAGAAUGUCUGGUCAUGUUCUGUGGAACCCAACAACGGGUGAGUAUAAGAUCCUCCCUAAGCUCUUUGUGGAAGCCCCUCCUCACCAUACAUAUGUUUGUCAGUCAUUUGGAAUGUGGUCUGACCAUAGAUUUGAAGACUACAAAUUGCUGAAUCUUGUUCAUGCACGCUUGGAAGAUGAAAAACGGAAUUUUCUUGGGAGUAGUUAUCACAUUGACUUGUAUUCACUCAAGACUAAUUCCUGGAAGAGAAUACCAUGCACUGAGUUUGUUGGUUUUGAUGGGUCUACUUGUGCUUGCAUAUCUGGUGUUUUUUACUGCAAAGCAUAUCUUAAAGAGAGUCACGCCAUCCUUUCAUUUGACUUUGCCACCGAAACAUUAUCCAGUAUACCCGCACCUAACAAUAGCUGGCACCGUUAUUAUUUUCUAGAGUACAAAGGUUUGUUAAGUGCUUUUGAAUGUUGGAGUCAUAAAAAGGGUUACCCUCCGUAUACACCUUGGAAAUACGAACUUUGGGUUAUGAGGGAUGGAUCGUGGACAAUGGAAUCUAUAAUCCGAACUCGUGGGGUUAAGGAGCCGUUAUGGUUUUCGCCCGAUGGUAAGCUAUUGUAUUUUGCAAGCUGGACUGAUGAACUAGUUGUGGUUGACCGCGAUACUGGAAAGUUGAAGUAUCUUGGUGUCCAUUGGUCUACGACUUAUACAAUCAAACAUCCAAUGAUGGUUCCACUUUAUGAGAGCUUUGUUCGAUUCAACUGAGUUUCAGAUGUUGAUCGAGAAGGUAACAUUCAUUUUGAUUGCUGGUCACCAACUCAUUGUGCUCAUCCUUUUCUCGUGCGAUUUUACUGGAUUGUUAUUUGUUUUGGAUAUAUUAUGAAUUGUAACAAUAUUUUACUAGGAUUAGUUAUUGCAAGAAUGUGUCGU